AUGUGGCGUCGUGGCCAGUGGCUGCGUGCUCCGCCAAAGGUGCUCUGCCUGACAAUGAUCCCCGGUGGCGGGGCGAUGACGCGGGCGCUGCAGCAGCUUGGGUACACCCCAUAUACCUUUCGGCAAACCUUCACAGAGGGUCGCGUGACGACGCACCCACAAGAGUGGUGCAUGGUUUUGAGUAAAAAGAAACCGUUUAACCCCGCCAUGCUUGACAACAGUGACAAGGGGGCAAGUGACGGCAGUGGAGGCUUUGAUGCCUUGGUGGGCCCGCCGUGCACCUUGGCUUUUGAGGAAAUCUUGAAAGAGUGCCCGCUGAGCACACGUGUUAUCCUUGUUGAGGAAGUGGACAAGGACGCAUGGGCGUUGGAUGCAGCGACCAUCUGGGAGCCGCUGCUGCGGCAGACAGAGAAGGCGGCAAAGCGGCAAGCCGGUGCCCAUCUCCAUCAAAUGGUAUCGAAAAUGACUAUGGGUAUGGCUGGAUCGAGUCGAAAAGUUUCCGUGGCAGCCGUCUUGGAGAUGCUAGAAGAUCGUGUGAAGACGGUGGUGCCGAAGGAUAGGUUACUUGUGUAUCGUUACGGAAGCGGCUGGGAGCCACUUUGCCACUUUUUAUCUAAGCCGAUUCCACACUCAGACGAAACCGGGACGGUUCCAUUUCCUCCGCAGGAAAGUGGUACAGAUGUGGCAGCAGAUCUAAGUGAUCGUUUGCAGCGAGUGGAGUGGGUUGUGUUAUGGGUGACAUGCUUCCUUGUUGCCGCGUUAUUCGUUUUGUACACACCGCUCUAUACGCAACUGCGUGAUUCUGUGGCGGCAUAUUACGAGGACUACCGUGAGGCGUUUGAGCCGGUUUUACGCGAGAACGAGGGAAAUACGAUCUCUCUACGGCGGGCAUUGGUGCUGGCGAAGAAUACCACCAUGUCCUUUGAGGAGAAGUGGCGUGCACGUGGGGGUGUGGCUGGGGCGGCGGGGGAGGCGUUGAGCAAACUUGCUGACGGCGCUGGCAAGGAAAGUGAGGCGGGUUGA